AUGACCUCCCUGGUUGCUUCCCCUCCCCCCGCUGCCCCCGAGGACCCUGCCCCGGGCCUGGCCCCACGGCUGCCCCGGUCCUUCCUCCGCAGCCUCCGGACGCUGUUCGAGAUCCUGGACGAGCAGCGGCGCGGGGCCGUGCACCUGUCGGAGAUCGAGAGCCGCUGGGGCCGGGGGGGCCCGGGCCUGAGCCCCCCGGGGGGGGUGCAGCACGAGCGCCUGCCCCCAGGGGUGCUGCCCGCCCUGCAGCAGGUGGCGGGGCCCAGCGGGGGGUUUCUGAGCUUCCCCCGCCUGGUGGCCGGGCUGAGAAUCGCGCUGCUCCAGGACCGGGAGCGGGAGCAGGAGCCUGGGCCGGAGCCGGCUGAGACCGGACACAACUCGGCGCAGGAGGGGCCGAGCGGGGGCCAGACGCGUGAGGGGGAGCCGAGGGGCGUGACCCGAUCCCGCAGCAUCAACAGCUCCCUGAGCCAGGCCGGGCGGCCCCGGAGCCUCCGCGUCCAGAAGGAGCCGCGACGCCACACGAUCACCCACGGCAUCGACUACGGGGCGCUGCAGCGCAGGCAGGCGCGGGAGCGGGAGCGGGACGCGCUGCUGCAGGGGCUGGAACUGGCCGAGCGCCUGCGGGGCUGGUACCGGCGCCACCUGCUGGAGGCCCAGCGCAGGCAGGAGCAGGUGGGGGCGGAGCCGGAUUAUUUCCCGGAUUCGUGCCCCAAUCAGAGCUGCCUCCUGCUGGCCAAGAUCCAGGAGGUGAAUCUUGGGCUGCGAAACCUACUGGCCAGCCCUGGAAAGGCUGACCCUCCCCCCUGCUUCUCCUCCAGCCGGUUUGGGGUCCCCCUCUUCCAAACGGGGAAGCAGCAGGAAUUUCAGCAGCAAGCCGUGAACGUGCUGAAGGAGCAGAACCGCCUGCUCAUCAAGGAGGUGUCGGAGAAGAGCGACCGCAUCGCCCAGCUGGAGCAGGAGAAGGCGGCUCUGUGCAGGCAACUCCAGGAGAGCCGGGGCUACCGGCUGCCCAGCCACAAGGAGUCGACCUUCAUCUGACAGACGAGGUCACUUCCUCCCACAGACCUACCGGACGAGGUCACUUCCUGCCACAGACCUACCGGACGAGGUCACUUCCUGCCACAGACCUAUGGGACCCAAGUCACUUCCUUCUGAGAGAAAAGACGUAAUUUUCUCCUGGGGCAAUGAUGUCACUUCCUGUCAUUCUCCCAAGGCCAGUGAGGUCACUUCCUUCUACCCCACCCCCCAGUGCAGUCAUUUCCUGCUGGACCUGGAAGGAACUAGCUCACUUCCUCCUCCUGUCCUAUUAUGUCAUUUCCUCCAUCCUAUCAUUGGUCCAUGAUGUCACGCUCCUGAUGGUAUUACAUCAUCGUCAGAUUCUGCUGACAUCACUUCCUCUUCAGAGCCUGUAGGCGUCACUUCCUCCUCCUUGCUUUUUCUGAUGAUGUCACUGAUUUCUUCACUUCCUGUCCCUUCUUCCUCCAACCCGUGUGGUUGUUUCAUAGUCAAGUCCAACCCUGCCCCACCCUCCGAGGUCACGGCCUUUCUUAUGGACACACACACAGCCUGACACAACCACCCCAUGAUGUCACACUCCUGGCUUCCUGUCAUCUGGGAGCCUCCCGAUGACAUCACUUCCUGGAUUAUGGGUAACAAGAGGGCUAAUAACUGACUGUCCAAAGAGGCUUUCAAUGGGGAAUACCCACAGUGCUUUGCACCAGCACCCGCAUAACCCUUAGCUAUAGAUCUAUGAGGUCCCCAUCCCACCCUGCAUACUCCUCUACUUCCCCCGCACCCACCCACCCCCACCCACACACCCACCUCUCAACCCGCACUUUUACUUGUGUGCAUUUUCAGAGUUCCCUCCCUGACCCCUUUGUGGGGUCUGACACAUUGUCUAUGUCUAAGUGCCCUCUAGUGGCUGGAUUCAGACCUGCGCGUGUGUCAUUAGCCCUCUAGUGCUUAAAGCUGAUGGGGAUUCUCCUUCCACCACCUACCUUUACCCCCGGCAUCCCUUUGACAACACAUAGCAUGAGCUUUACCCUCCGUGUUAGCCCCCAUCCUCCCCCACUUCAGACGAUGGAUGUGGGGGGAAGACUCCUCCAAGGUAUUUAUUCUAAUCGCUGUAAAUAGACCGAUUGCAAUUAAUAUAAUAAACUUGGCCAAAAGGAAAGGACAGAAUUCAAGCUUCACUUCUUCAUUCAGUGUCCCACUC